AUGAAAUUAACUCUAGCAUUCUAUUUUUCAAGUUUUAUGAUGGGAAUUUAAUAAGAGAAACCUUUUAAUCCUAUUUUAGGGGAAACUUUUUAAGGUAGGAUAAAAGGUUGUCCUAUAUAUUUGGAAUAGACUUCCCAUCAUCCUCCUAUUCCUAAUUAUAUUAUGUUUGGUAGAGACUAUAAAUUAUAUGGAGCAUUUAGUCCUGUUGUUAAUAUGGGAUGUAAUAUGUUCUGUUAUCCAAUUUAAUCCAAAAGAUAAAAAUCGUAGUUUCUUUUCUAAAUCUAAUUAACAAAUAGAUUAUUUUUUUUUUGGUUAAAUUCAUAAAGUUACUCCGAUUUGUAUUGAGAGAUGUAAAUUAGCACAUCGUACAGGUUCAGGAUUGAAUAUGAAACUUAAAAUAAAAUAAGAAGAAAUUUUAGAAAAUUAUGAAUAAUUAACUGGCAGAUGGACAUCUCAUCUAGAUAUAAAUAAUUAAAGAUAUUGGGAUAUUAAUGUUCAUAGGUACAAUAAUUAAUUUGUCAUAGACCUUUUAUUUUAGAGCUUGAAUCUAAACCACUACCAUNUAAUUUUGCUUAACAUUUAGAUAAAUAUAAAAUAAUUAGAUCUGCUUUAGUAGUUUAAAAUUCCAAGUAUUGAUUUUGAUAAUCAUUUAGUAAGUAAGAUUAUAAAAGUUUGUUGAUUGAAGAGAUAUAUGUUGAAUGUUAAGAUAAAGAUGCAGGAGAAAAAAUGUUGAAAGUCUUGUUAAUGAAUAUUACUUCUAAUGAUAGAAAUUUAAUUUAAAUUUAAGAAUAAAUUUAAUAGAUAACAGAAAAUGUAAUUACUAAAAAUUACGAAAAUUUAGAUACACUAUAAAUCUCUAUUAAACUAACAGAUUAAGAAAUCUUUAGAAUAACAUCUGAAUAACAUUAAAUAAAAUCUCCAGAAGAGUUUCUCAAACUCAUUGACAAAGUCUACACUGGAGAAUAUAUAAAUGAAGCCAUAAAUUCUUAUUCAGAUUAAAGAAUAUUAUAAGGAUUAACUUUGCAAUUAGAUAGUACUGAAGAAGAUGGACAUUUCUUGUAUACUAAACAUUAUAGAGUUGAUUCAUAAAGAGGUGGAUUCACUUAUCAUAAUGAAAGACUAUUAAGAGAUUAAAGAUCUGUACUCUUGAAUAUGAUCAAGAGAAUAGGAUCUAAUAUAAUUAAUGGUAAAUCUGUUAUGUCAGUUUCAUUACCAAUAUAGAUUUUUGAGAGCAGAUCAUUUUUGGAAAGAAUGGCAAGGGCUUAAAGACAUGCACCAUUAUUUUUGGAGCUGCAGCCCAAUCAAUUGAUGUGA